AUGCUCUGCUACCUGGAUGAGUUUGAAAACACAGAGGGAGAGGAGUACCAGGCAGAUCUCUCCGCCCUGGCCUCGCCUUCCUCCCAGAAUGGUCCCGAGGUCUACAUCCUUCCACUCACUGAGGUCUCCCUGCCUGUCUCCAAACAGCCUGGCAGAUCCAUCCAGCUGCUGAAAUCAUCAGACCUCGGCCGUCAUAGUCUACUCUAUCUAAAGGAGAUCGGACAUGGCUGGUUUGGCAAGGUUCUGCUUGGCGAAGUCAAUGCAGGCCUCAGCACCACCCAGGUGGUGGUUAAGGAGCUGAAGGCCAGUGCCAGCGUCCAGGAUCAGAUGCAGUUCCUGGAGGAGGUGCAGCCUUACCGGACUCUCCAGCACCCUGCCCUCCUGCAGUGUCUGGCACAAUGCUCAGAGGUCACUCCUUAUCUGCUGGUCAUGGAGUUCUGUCCUCUGGGUGAUCUGAAGAGCUACCUGCGCAGCUGUCGGCUGGCUGACUCCGAGACUCCUGACCCAUUGCUCCUCCAGAGAAUGGCGUGUGACAUUGCGUCAGGGCUUCUGCAACUCCACAAAUACAACUUUAUUCACAGUGACCUGGCCUUGCGAAACUGCCUGUUAACUUCAGAAAUGUCGGUGAAAAUCGGAGACUACGGCCUUUCCCACAGCCGGUACAAGGACGAUUAUUUUAUAACACAAGACCAGAUUUGGGUUCCCUUGCGCUGGAUUGCACCUGAGCUCAUAGACGAGGUCCACGGAAACCUGCUGGUCGUUGACCAGACUAAAUCCAGCAACAUAUGGUCCUUGGGGGUGACUAUGUGGGAGCUGUUCGAGCUGGGAAACCAGCCGUACAGACACUACUCUGACAGACAGGUGCUGACAUAUGCUGUGAAGGAACAGCAGCUCAAACUACCCAAACCUCAGCUCCAAUUCCCCCUGGCUGAGCGCUGGUAUGAGGUAAUGCAGUUCUGCUGGCUGCAACCUGAGCUGAGACCCAGCAGUGAGGAGGUACACCUCCUUGUCACAUACUUGUGUGCCAAAGGCUCCAGUGAGGCUGAGGAAGACUUUGAACAACGCUGGAAUGCCUUGAGACCCAACCUGCUGGGCAGCACCUCCCACACAGCUACAACCACAGCCUUAGUCCUGACCCCUACCCCUGCCUCUGCCGAACGUCCCGGUGCAGACCAAACCCAGGCAGUGGAGCUGGCCUCCUCUGCCUCCUCCUCCUUCCCCCUCCUGGAGCACUUCUCCGACAGCUUCCACUCUGACACAGGGGACGACCUACUGACUGUCACAGAGACCAGCCAUGGCCUCAACUUUGAGUACAAGUGGGAGCAGGCUAGAUCUGAGCAGCCUUACUGCUCCUCCUCCACCAGUGGGCCUCUUGGCCAGGGGAACCCACAUUAUCAGGAUAUCUACUAUUCAAGUAAAGGAAGCAUCUCUGGAGGCUGCAAGUCUGACAGCCUCACCUCAGGCAUAUCCCCAUCUUACUAUGAACCGGAACACCCAGGUGUGGUCCCAGUGUUGAGCGCCCACAGUCCCUCAGUCAGCAGCGAGUACUACAUCCGCAUAGAGGAACCAGUAGAGUGUAACAUUAACCUAGACGACAGCGUGGCGGACUACAGCCCAGGACUGGAAGCCAGCAGCAGUAGGUUGUCCUCUGACAGUCGGACUGGUUCAUCCAUGGCACAGCCCAGCUCUUACUGGUCAACUGCUGACAACACCAAACCUCCCGCCUAUGACUCUGAUUCAAGCCCCACUGUCCACCUAACCAUGGAGCCACUGCUGAGACAUGCAUCCAGCACCAGUCCUGUAAAGUUAAGCCACUCAAUAAACUGCUUCUCAUCUAGUCAGGAUGACACAGUUUACUGUGAACACUCUUCAGCAAACAAAGCACGCCGCCAAUCCUGUAUAUCCGAACAGGAUACAUCACCAGAGUCAAGAUCAAACCUCCUUCAUCCUGUCGGUCUUCUAGAAAACCCUCGAAGUUUAUCACAAGCAGUUAGCAGCCCCAGCUUAGGGUUCUGUGAUCCUUACCUUGAAGCUAGCACAUGUCGUGGCUUGGUAAAUGAAAGCUGCCAUAAUAUGAUGGGUCCCAUCAGAAAGACAGUACCCAUUGUCAACCACAUAAGUGUCGAUGUAGAGACAGACGAUGGCCUGCUGGUGGGCCGGCAGAGAGGCGAUGACAUUGAGGAUGACCUUUAUUCUGAAGAAGAGGCCACUAACUGGACCUCAAACCAUUCCGCAAACAAUAACAGUCUCAGUUUUGACAGCAGACAGACGGUCAGUGGGAAUGACAGCUAUCUGGACCUUCAGUAUAUGAACACAGAGUUAUGGUCUUUAACCAAGGCCACUACAAGAACCUUCCAAAGCUCCCGGUCUGGUGGCAUGUUAGAAGAUGAAGGGGGAGACUCUGGUUGUAAUUCUGCCAGUAAGUCCACUGAAUUAGGUUCAUACAUUCACUUAUGUCACAAAGAAAGGGAGGAAGCUGCCACUCAGAUGGAAAGGAAUGUUACUGCAGGGAAUCCAAGAAGCAUUGAUUCUUUUUCAAGCUCCAGUAUCAACGCUAGAGGUACAGAUGUUGGCAAAAUGGAAGGGCAAUUGUUGCCAAAAGCAGAUAGACUGUAUUCUGAGCCCAAGAUGAUACCUGAGUCAAGCUAUAAAAAGUCUCCAUCCUCUUUCAAGGAGCCUCAGACUGGUCAAACAGGCACCCUGUCAGUCAAACAGAGAGGCAACAUCUGGGAAGGGGUUUCAACGGGAAUCUCUGUUGGUCUGGGAGACAAAAGGCUAAGCUAUCCAGAGAUGUCAGAAAGUAGCAGAGCGUUGGACAGUGGACUGGGGGUCAGGGAGUCCAGCAUGAGCCUGGCUGAGCUUGGUGACUACAGCGAGGAUGACGAAGAUGACAUCACAGAUAUAACGUCAGGGAUUUUUGCCGACUUUAACUUGGAUUAUGUUGAGGUGGAGGAGGAUGAGCUGAGCCCAUUAAAGAAUCCAAAAAGAACUCCUGACUCUGUAGACACCAUUAUCCUGUCCUCAUCCAUGGCGAGCCCCUGUGACCAGGCCUUCAGCCCCGACCCUUUUAAUACUCCCGUCCUACCUAAAUCCCUGGACAGUGGCUACGACACUGAGAACAAUGAAUCCCCAGAGUUUAUCUUCAAAGAGCUUGGAGAUUCCCUCGGUGGUGAGAGGAGCCCAAGGCUUGGCGGAGAACCAGAAAUGGUGCUUCAGAUGGGUUUGGGCCAAGCAGUCUGCACUUCCACAUGCAUCUCAGAGCUACAGCUGAAGGGCCUGAUUGAUAAGAGCCCAUACCGGGACUCAGCAUAUUUCUCCGACUAUGAUGCUGAGAAUGAGAGAAGUCCCCAUGAUGAAGGCGAUAAGGUCUACGCAGGUCCAACUGACCGGGCUGAGAAAAUGAGUUCUGUGGGAGAUGACGUUUUUUUUCCGAGGCAGUUCAACAAUGAGGAACAUUUGACAUAUUUGAGACACAUCAAAACAUCUGUUCUGGUAAAUCUCUCAGAGGUUGACCCUAGUUCGCCCAAUCCCCUUGCCACCCCUGGGCUGUCCAUGCUGUCACCAUUCCCCCCAGAGAUGGGUGGUUGCCUGACCAAAGAGUCAGCCCCUGCUGAUGAUGAUCUUGGGUUGGAACACUCUGGAGAGGAGCCCACCUCAGAUCUAAGCUCCUCCAUUGGGCCUGAAGCUUCCUCCACUGUCCAAGAGGCCUCUGGAAACCAUGCGGAGGGGAACAGAAAGGAACAAGACUAUUCUCCUGUCCAAUCUUUGCAUUCUGACUCCACCAUAACCGACUACAGAGAUGACGCCCAUAAAGAAAACGAUGGAUCCACAGAGGAAGAAGAGCUGCCUGAGUUCAAUCAUGUCAAGGAGGAGACGGAGGUCAGAAGAGAGGGUGUGGGGAUAAAUGAGGAAGAUUUUGAGGACAUAGACGCAGGGGAAUGUGACUCACAGGAUAGUUUAUGUGAGGAGUCUAAUGGUGCAGCUGAUCUUUCCACUUCCUCGUCACUGUUGGAACUGUGCGGGGAAGACGUGAGAGCUCCGCUGGAGGAGGCAGAGGGCGAAGAUGACUCAGACGACAGUGAGUCCGAUGAAGAGUUGAGGACAUACAACAUCCAAGAUGAGGACAGUGAAGAAAGUGAGGAGGAUUUUACUGCAGUGCCAGUGGUUGUUAGUGAUUGCAGCAGGGCAAGACACCUCCGCAGCCUCCUGAAGAUGCCAACCCUGCUUAGCAAGUCUUUCUGCGAAGAGUUGGAGAGGAAGAAAAAAGCAGUGUCCUUUUUUGAUGACGUCACAGUUUUUCUCUUUGACCAGGAGAGUCCCACAGGAGAACUGGCUGACUUCACAUUCUCCACAGGAACAGAGGCCAGUGGAGAGGAAGUCUCAGAGGAGAAGAACUCUGACCAGCUGCAACCUGACCCUGAGGUUGAAGCUCAGUCCUUAGAAACCUCCUGUGCAUCUCAAGAAACAGAGGCAAACAACUCAGGAGAGGGAGGAGGCUAUGAAUGGGAAGAUGACCUCUCGCCUAAGUCCUCACCUGACACCAUCCCUGAGACUGAGUCCUCACCAUCACCCACCCCCAACAGUCCUGAGACUCCUAAACCAACAGCUGUAGCACUCAACAGAUUUAUGGUCUCACGAUUCUCUAUCACACAUGUCUCUGACCCCCACUUGGGCUCAGCUGCAGGGAACAGUGAAGAUGGUCCAAAAGAUUGAGUGCAUCCUGGCCCUGACUGGAGAAGGACGAGUCCCUUCUCAACGCAGAGAAGCAUUAUGAUUAUUACUAUAUCUAGAUGUUUUACAGAAUUUUAUUUUUGUCAAUGUUUUGGGGCAUCCAACCCUGGUGACUCGUUAUGAGACAGUGCCUCAUAUUGUAGUGAAAGACCCUCAAUGAUUUGCACAUUUCCUGUUUUGUUUUUUUAAAUAAAGAAAGAGCAAAAGCUGCUGGUUUUACAACCUGAUGUUAGAGGAAACGUGAUCACAUGGUUUGCAGAAAUAGAAGUAUAUCGUUUAACGUAAAGUAUAUGACAAUAACUUAUUUGCCGAAUGCAACAUCAAUUUGCAUUGGUGACCUCGCAGGUUAAUUUAUUUGUGACGUUUAAGAAUUUAUCUGAAAAUAAAAGGGGAUAAAAAAAUAGUGACAUGACAGGCAUCAUAGCUGCUCCUCUCAUGCUGCCUUGAUCCAUCUGCUUAUCAUUGAUCUGGCAUUUUUAAAAGACUGUUACAUUGUCAGAGCCAGAGAACAAUGCUUGAUGAUUUUUGCACAAGACACUGUGGCAGGUUUCAAAAAUCAAAAUGUGACUGUUCAACAACUGUAGGUGGUGGUGGUAGUGUUUAAAGAUGGAGGUGCUUAAAGUUACAGUAUUUUAACUCUUAAUCCCAGUUUAAUCCAAAUUAUAUUGAUAGUGGUACUCAGUGGAUUCAGUGUGCUGCGUUAAUGGGAACAUGCAACAGCAAGGUAUUGCCACUCACUUAUUCUCACCACCACUGACUCUGGUUAAUGAUGACCUACGAAACAUGUCUAAGCUACGAUAUCUAUCUGAAGCACUUUGUAUAGCCAAACUGGAUCUUUGUUUGUAGAAGUCAUUGCUUUGUUGCUCUACAUCUCCCCAUCCUGGAAUGAAAUAUCCAAACAUGUGAGAUUCCCUAUUUGUGUCCACAGUGCCAGCUACAGGUUCACUUUAUUUUGUGCCAAGUAAGCUUUUUUAAACAUUUCAUCAGCAAUAGAAUGACACCAAAGGGAUGGAGAGGUGUUUCAUCACAGUCCAAAAGUGUAACGUCGAUAUGCCAGUCAUAAAUGUUGAAUGUCAGUAUCAUUUUAUGAAUCUUUUCUACGUCUAUGUAUUGUUCAUAUUCUCACACAUAAUGUAUUCUGUUACAUUGUGCUGGAUGUGCUGGAUGCUAGGGUAUGAGGUGUACAAAAAAAGACAUUCAAAAUAUGACAUAUCUCACAUAUUGUAUGAAUGUUUUAUCAACAUGUAGCAGGUAGCUUGACUUGAAUUACUACUGCUGUAUGGACAGCUCCCUCCCCCUCUCUAUGCUUCUGUAGCUCAAAGUGCCAAUUCUGUUUCCUCUCUCACCUUACCUUUCACGUUCUUGCAAGAGGAGAACAUGGUGGGAGUAUUUUUGUACCAUUUGAGAAGAUGCAAUCCAAGAUGACAGUCUCUCAAAUUUGCCCAAUAGAUGUUUCAAAGCCUAUUGGCUAAAAAAGUGUCAGACACCUUUGGAGACGGUGAGGUGGGCUGUUCUGUGCACUGGUAGUAACAACAUUGCUGUUUCCAUGUUUUCCCUCACUCAUUGCUAUUGUACUAUCCCAAACAAAUAAAUCCAAAUACUUUUUUUCCCUC